GUACUUCUCAUGUACUUCUACUAGUUUUGUCAAAACAAACCGUCCAUUGAAUUAUUCUCUUUUACAACGUUGGUGUUUCAAUGGGAUGAGGUCAAAUAAUAAAUUGUCAUGAGAUAAGUGCUGUGUUGUAAAUGAAAUAAUAGUGAAAACAUGAAUUAACGUUUUAGUAACGUUUCCAAGAACGAUACUGGAAUAGCUUAAGGAAUGUUUAUGUAAUUAACAAUAGUUCUCACGAAUAACAGCAAGCCAUACCUGCCUGUGGUACACAAAGAUCCGAAUUUUAACCACAACAAUGUGGUGAUCUUGAUAUUAGCGGGAAACUGCAUCAAUGAUGGUCAUAACUUUGAAUUCAGAAGGUGCAAUGAGCGCCUCAGAUACUGGUGAUAAGUCAGUUCCAGCUGCGAAUUGUUACUGCAGAGAUUAUAUACGCGGUUGUUGUACCCGAGAAAACUGCAGAUUCAUUCAUGAGAUACCUCCCAAAGCCUAUUUAAAGGAACUGUUUCGGUUUUGUCAUGACUUUCAAAACAAAGGUUGUUACAGAGUAAACUGUAAAUUCAUACACAGCACUGUAGAAGAGGAAGAUAAUUUUUACAUUACUGGCACGUUCCCACGGAACACUCGAAACUCACCAUUUUGCCAAGCUUACAUACAUGGAGCCUGUUCUAAUCAAGACUGUAAAUUUAUUCAUCCACCUGAUGUAGCUGCCAGUGAAGUUGUUUCAGUGCUCAACAUUCCUCCACCACAAUAUAAUCGGCCACCUCCACCUAUCAGAGAUGAUGACUCUCCUCCAGAAGCUAAGCUAAGAAGAUUUGCCUUUGAAGAUAAUGGGAUAGAGAAACAGGUAUUAGCUCAAUCAAAUUUCUGCCCCAAUUGUGAAACCUUAGACCAUAAAAUAAAAUUACUUCAUGAUAAUAUAAGUGUGUUACUAAAGAAAGUUGGAGACCUGACAGAGAAGAAUGUUCAGUUGACAUCUAUGAAUGAAUUUUUAUUAGAACAAACUGCUGCAGUAAGGUCUGGUCAACCCUGUGUCAUAACUUCACGCCAUGGCACUUCAGCACCGGUGUCUCUGGCAACUGUGAGUGUGACUCCUGUGGUGAGUCUUGCCGGAGCUCUGCCAGCAUUAGUUCCAGCAACAGCAACACCAAAUCUAGCUUUAGCCCCAGCUGCUUCUCGAGCACAAUUAUUGACUCCUGCCCCACAAAUCCUAACAGUGAGCACAACUCAACAGCUGAUGGGUAACUCUGGGGCUCUAAUAGUAACUAGUGCUGGAGCUCAGCAACUUAUGCAAGUUAGUGAUUCCGGAACGCUUAUGGGCGGAGGACAAACCGUUGUAGCAGUCCCAGCUCAGUUAACUAUAGCACAGCCUGCUCAACAAUUGAUGAGCAAUGCCUCACAAACAGCGGUCCAGCAGCUUGUACAACAAUCAGCACUGCAACCUCAACUGGCACCUCAACAUCAAGCCACGCAGUAUGCCACCCAGCAGUCCGUACAGCAUCUAGCUGCUGCUCAACAGUCAGCCCAGCACCUUGCUCAACAUUCAGCUCAACGUUUAGCCGCCCAACAAUCUGCCCAGCAUUUAGCAGUACAACAAACUGCUCAACAUUUAGCUGCCCAACAGUCAGCACAGCAUAUGGCUGCUCAACAGUCAGCACAACACUUAGCAGCACAGCAAUCUGCACAGCAUCUAGCUGCACAACAAUCUGCUCAACAUUUGGCAGCUCAACAGUCAGCACAGCACUUGGCUGCCCAGCAAUCUGCACAACAUCUAGCAGCGCAACAAUCCGCCCAACAUUUAGCAGCUGCUGCACAGCAGUCAGCGCAACAAUUGGCUGCUGCGGCCCAGCAGUCUGCUCAACAGAUGGUAGCACAACAGUCAGCUCAGCAACUAGCUGCCCAACAAUCAGCCCAGCAGCAGUUAGUGCCAUCUGCCCAACAACUUGUGCAUCAAACAUCCACUCAGCAGAUAACAAUCUCCAGCACUAGUCAACCCAUGGCAUUGCCUAACUCACAGGCUCAGCCUAUUACAUUCCCUAUGAUAUCUCAAAGUAUACUACCACAUUGACAUAAGUCAUACUUUAUGAAGGUACUAUUUUAAUUAGUCUGGUUUUGUGAUCAUCUUUUACUCAUUAUGCUAGGAAGGUAAGUUUUUAUAAAUGUAAGUGAGCAAUAAUGUAGGCAAAUCUAGUUAAAAUAGUUUCAAGCAUUACUUUGAUUUUGAAAUACUGUUAACUGAUAAACUAAUACACUUUAAGAAUGACUUGUAAAGCUUUGAAGCUCCAAGCAGUAUUUUAUGAUAUAAUUAUUGUAGUUGUGAUUAGCAACCACAUCCCAAAUGAACAUGUAUGAUACCCACCUGUGCACCUCUUUUGUAAUUAAUAUAAAUCAAGAAGUAUGACAUAAUUCAUUUGAAAAGAUAAUUAACAAAUGAAAGAAAACAGAGCAAUAAUAACAUUGUGGUUAGACAGUGUUAAAGCUUUUCAGAUAUGCAUUGUGCUAAGUUAAAUGCUCUGUUUUAUAUUAAUAUAUUUAAUUGUACUUGAUUCACACACAUUUUUACAUGAUAGAAAGAUAGUUAGAAUUUAAUUGAAAUAUUCACAUUUUCUUGGUCUGUAUCAUGGCUUUCAUGAACGAUACCAGAAUUUUUUGGUGUAUUGUGCCUACAUUUUAAUAAUGUAUAAUUUUAGUUGGUAUGAAAACAAUUUCAACAGUCUAUAAAGAGAAUUGAGUUGUUAUAAAUGUAACAAUGGGUAAUUAUAUUAUCAGUUUGGCUAUUGUGGGAUGUAAGAUAUUAGGUAUGUAAUUUAUUUUGAAUAAUAAAAAAGAUAAUUAAAA